CAUUUUGUAGUUGGGUUUCGCUGCGUUUGCCUUGUUUUGCUUUUCGUCAGCUGUUAAUUCGAUAACACAACAAUACAUACGCUUAUGCAGACAAAUUAGUGGAUUCCUGCUGCUACUAAUUUGGAACUAAAUUUAAUAAGUUGUGCAUAUUUUAAACAAAAAUGGUGUUUCAAAUCGUGCGAUGUUCAACAACUUUGGCUCGCAAUCUGCAGCGGUUGAGCCGCCGUCAUUGGGCGGUUACAUCACAUGUCACUAGGCGUUUGGCAUCGGGAGCUUUUCGCACAGAGUCAGACACAUUUGGUGAACUAAAAGUGCCCGCUGACAAGUAUUAUGGCGCUCAAACAAUGCGGUCCAAAUUAAAUUUUCCCAUUGGUGGAUCAUCCGAGCGUAUGCCGCAACCGGUUAUUCAAGCCAUGGGAAUUUUAAAAAAAGCUGCCGCCGAGGUAAACAAGGAGUUCGGGCUGGAUCCCAAGGUCAGUGAUGCCAUUUCAAAAGCUGCCGAUGACGUUAUAUCAGGAAAAUUGUAUGAAGAUCACUUUCCCUUGGUUAUUUGGCAGACAGGUUCAGGCACACAAACCAACAUGAAUGUGAAUGAGGUGAUUAGCAAUCGCGCUAUUGAGCUAUUGGGUGGUGAAUUAGGCUCAAAAACACCAGUUCACCCCAACGAUCAUGUGAACAAGUCGCAGAGUUCGAAUGACACCUUUCCCACUGCCAUUCAUAUUUCCGUCGCCCUGGAACUGAAUAAUAAUCUGAAACCCGCCAUUAAGAUCUUGCAUGAUGCGCUUAAAGCCAAAUCUGCGGAAUUCAAGGACAUCAUCAAGAUUGGCCGUACACACACCAUGGAUGCAGUCCCGUUAACAUUGGGCCAAGAGUUCAGUGCCUACGCUCAGCAAACGGCGUAUGCGCUCGAUCGCAUCGACGCUGUUUUGCCACGCGUAUACGAGUUGGCAUUGGGCGGCACUGCUGUCGGUACUGGCCUGAACACGCGCAUUGGAUUUGCGGAGAAGUGUGCGGCGCGUAUUGCAGAACUUACUAAGUUGCCUUUCGUAUCAGCGCCUAACAAGUUCGAAGCGUUAGCAGCACGCGACGCCAUGGUGGAGGUGCAUGGUGUUUUAAAUACGAUCGCUGUUAGUCUAAUGAAGAUUGGCAACGAUAUUCGUUUCCUUGGCUCCGGGCCACGUUGCGGAUUGGGCGAAUUAAUGCUGCCCGAAAACGAGCCGGGCAGCUCGAUUAUGCCAGGCAAAGUAAAUCCAACACAAUGUGAAUCACUUACAAUGUUGGCUGCGCAAGUGAUGGGCAAUCACGUGGCAGUCACCAUAGGCGGUUCCAAUGGACAUUUCGAGUUGAACGUUUUCAAACCAUUGAUCGUAUCGAAUGUUUUGCGUUCCAUUCGCUUGCUCUCUGACGGCUCCCGCACAUUUACGUCCAAUUGCGUCAAUGGCAUACAGGCGAAUCGCGAACGCAUUGGAAAAAUCAUGGCUGAAUCAUUGAUGUUGGUCACUGCAUUGAAUCCACAUAUCGGCUACGACAAAGCUGCCAAAAUUGCCAAGACUGCCCACAAGAAUGGAACCACUUUGAAAGAAGAGGCCAUCAACCUAGGCUACCUGACCGCCGAACAAUUUGAGCAAUGGGUCAAGCCAGCAGAGAUGUUAGGUCCGAAAUAAAAAUUUGACAUGUUAAAUUAAAGUUUGGUAUUAAAUAACAUAAAUUAAAAACGAUCUGUGCUGUGAGAAAGAGGAAAUAUAUCAAAAUUAAAAUUUUGUGAGAAAACGCAAUCAAA